AUGGAAAAAACUAUGAUUGAUAAAAGAGAUCCGUCUCUUCGGGGUCUUUCGCCAAAGUCAUCAACCUACAAAUCAGAAAAAGUGGCUAUAUCCGAUGGAGAGAAUCAUUCCCAAUUAGCGGAAGUCAAUGAAACAGGUCAUGUUCAAGAAGUUGAACGGAACUUUUCUUUACUUUCUAUAUGUUCAGUUGGUCUUGUUACUGGAAAUACAUGGGCUGCUUUAGGUGGUAGUAUUGCUACAGCUAUUUAUAAUGGAGGUCCACCGGGUGUUUUAUAUGAAUUCAUUGCUGUAUCAAUAUUUUAUUGGCUCGUUGCAGCUUCGUUAGCUGAAUUGGCUUCAUCAAUGCCAAGUAGUGCUGGAGUUUAUCAUUGGGCAUCAAUUACUCCUGGUCCGAAAUAUGGUAAAAUUUGUGGUUGGUUUGCUGGUUGGUGGAACACGUUUGCUUGGAUUUGUGGUGCAGCUACGAUGUCAUCUAUUGCUUCGAAUGUUGUAGUUGCAAUAUAUGGUCUCUAUCAUCCUGAUUAUGUAGUAGCUAGAUGGCACAUUUUCAUCGGUUACAUUAUCAUAACUUGGAUUGCUUGUUGUAUAGUCUUAUUCGCUAAUCGUGCUCUUCCAAUGAUUAAUAAUAUUGGACUUGCUUUUAUCUUGGGUGGUGUUUUUAUCACAAUCAUAGUUUGUGCUGUUAUGCCAUCCGGUACUGGUCAUGCUACCCAUUCUUUUGUUUGGGCAGACUGGGCCAAUGAUACCGGUUAUUCCAGUAAUGGAUUUGUUUUCCUUGCAGGAAUGUUAAACGGAGCUUAUGCUGUUGGUACACCUGAUUGUGUUUCUCAUUUGGCGGAAGAAAUUCCAAAUCCUAGGAAGAAUAUACCACUUGCGAUUGGUGCUCAAAUGAGCAUUGGUUUUAUUACAGCAUUUUUAUAUACGAUAACUAUUUUCUACGCAACUACCGAUCUCGAUGCUGUAUUGGCUGCACCAUUUUUUCCACUUACUCAAAUAUAUCUACAAGCCACUGGCACCAUUGCGGGAACAACCGGUCUCCUUUUCGUUUAUAUUCUUUCCGAUCUUCUGUACCCUCAUCGGAACAUAUAUAACUGCGGGAAGAUGUCUUUGGACUCUUGCUCGUGA